GAGUCGGGAUACUCAUCAAGUCAUCAGAGAGCCAAACCAAAGAGAAGAGUAGAAACAGAGAGGGAGAAAAGAGCAGUGCAACCGAGCAGAAAGGAAAAAAAAAAUCAGAGAUUUGCAGUAGACAGAAGCAAACUAGUUGGUUAUCGGGUUUCCCUUUCUCGUUACAAGGAGGGGCAGGGGGUUUUGCUGAAGAACAGAGAGGAGAAAAAGGAGGUGGGAUUGACGGAUUUAUGUCGGCUGGUUUUGAUCUGUUGAUUGGAGCUAUUGAGCAGCUCUGGCUUUCUUCUCUGUUCCUUUUGUUCUCAAGCUUCUGCGCUUUCCUCUUCACUCAGUGUCUCUGCAUGCGACUUUGGUCCCUCCUUCACUGGUCGAAAAAGGGGCUGCCAAGCGAUUCGAUGUGCUUGAGGUUAAAACGGACUGGUUCUGGAGUAGAAUGCUUUGUGGGUUUUCAUAUAAAGCGUUGUUUAUAUCUCUUUUUGUUCUUGAGAGGGGCUCUUACUUGAUACUGGGGUUUUGAGAGAGUGAUUUCUUUCUAUUGUGUUUUUUUCUCUGAAAAUUUUUUUGUUCUUUUUUUGUGGAGUUGGGAUUUGCGGAAGGUUUUCUUUCGCAUUCUUUUAGAAAUGCCAGGACCUCAGAGGCCACUCUUGAAUCAGGACAAAGUCUGUAAGAAGCAGAAGAAGAAACCCUGCCUAAUUAGUGGACUAGAGGACGUAGAAACCAAAACCAUGAGAAAAAUCCGUGUUAUCUAUUGCGAUCCAGAUGCGACCGAUUCUUCGUCCAGCGAAGACGAAGCGGGCAUGAAGAGGAAUGGAAGGGUCCGAUGUAAGCGUCUGAUUCGGGAGAUUCGUGUUCCAGCGGCUCAAUUUCAAUCUUCUUUUGCUGAAACAGAGAGCUCUUCUCAAGACAGUAAUAAUGGGGGCAAAACCCUUAACAAGACUGGCAAAAACCCUGGCAGAAGGGUUUUAUCGAAGACAUCCAGAUCCGGUUCUUCCAAGUACAGGGGCGUUCGGCAGAGGAGAUGGGGCAAAUGGGCUGCUGAGAUUCGAGACCCUAUUCGAGGGGUUCGAGUCUGGUUGGGUACUUACGGUACUGCUGAAGAGGCUGCUGAGGCCUAUGAAGCCGCUUCGAGGAAACUACAGUUAGAAAGUGUAUCUCAUGCACAGAAGGCUAGCAACAACACAUCUUCGUCUUCCGCAGCAGGUUCCAUGUCUCAAUCUUGUGUCUCGGAAGAUUCAGAGAGUCUGUUUUCUCACUCAUCCCCUUCUUCGGUCCUCGAUGUUUCAACUGCAGUAUCACAUGUUUUUGGCCCUGGCACCCAAACCAAGGAAGAUAAACAUUCCACAAGGAAUCUCGAGUUGCAGCAGCCUCACCAGCGACAAUCUGAAGAGCAAAACCAACAAGCCAUCUCUGAUUUCUUGGAGGACUCCUUGCCAGUAAUUACGUCUCCAAUGGUAGAGGAUCUUGAGCUGGGGUUCCAACUUGAUUCGUUCCUUGUCAAUGAUUUUGGGCAGGCGUUCGAAGAUUUCUGCGAUUUCAGUGACAUUCCACUGUGUAGAUUUGAGGACCGUGACCCCAGUGAACUUCCCAACUUUGACUUCGAUCUCAGCACUGAAGAGCUGGCCUGGAUCGACGAACCCCUUGGUGUUGCCUGCCCAUAAGUUUUGUAGCUAGGAGUUAGAACUAUUGUCAAUGCAGUUAUAGUUUUUCUUUUCUUUUUCUUUUUUAUCCGGGUUAUGUGAAGAAGUCUCGGGAGCUUGAAGGAAAAAAGCUCUGUGAGAGAUUGUUUCGUGGCUGAGUUUGUUUAUUUGCUUGUAUAGAGAGAUGGGUUCACAGAGUUUGAAGAGAGGUCUUGGGUUUUUCUGUGCUUAUAGAGCCGUCCCAAGAUUUUCAACUCUCCCCGAUCAGAGUGAUAGAGAGAAGUCAGAGAACCGUUGAAAAUUUUGCUCAUCCCAUCCCUCUGUUUUGAUUUUCCGUCAUUGAACUCUGUAUUUGGAUUUUCUAUUUUAAUAUAAUAUAUGGUAUAUAUGCGUAAAGUAUUAAUGUGGAUUUC